UUAAAACUGUGGGUAAAGUUCUCUACUAGGUACAAAUUAGCUAGAGUAGGUAAUUGUAACACAUUAGUAGUGACACUAUUGGAAACAAGCGAGGGUACUCAUCGUGGGGCACAAGUGCAAUACACGUAUAACCUGUUUACCAUUUCCAUUCGAUACAAGCUUUGAAACAGCUAUGCAUUUUCAGGAGUGGUUACAAACCCUUGGUACCAGUGGGGGGGUUCGAGGACCUGAAAACAAAGACUUCUGGAGCCUUGUCCCCUCUCUCCCUUUGUCGUCCUCUUUCUCCUUCUCCUCCCUCUCUCUAUCCCCGUCCUCUCUGCUGGGUAUAGGGGCUCUGGCCUCCUUCACUGCAUACUGGCUGGUGACUCGCCCUCGGCCCAUGCGCCCCCCUUGUGAUCUGAAUACCCAGUCUAUCCCUGUACAGGGAGAGCCCAAUUGGAGGCGUUCAGCUUUGCUCAAAGACGAUCUCCUGUUGGAGUUCUACUAUGAUGACACCAGGACAGCCUAUGACAUGUUCCAGAGAGGACUGAGAGUGGCAGGGGAUGGCCCAUGCCUUGGCUUCAGAAAACCUGGGGAACCUUACCAGUGGAUCUCCUACACUGAGGUGGCUGAACAGGCACAGGUGCUGGGCUCUGGGCUUUUGGGCAAAGGCUGCCAACCAAACCCUGAGCAGUUAGUUGGAAUAUUUGCCCAGAACAGGCCAGAGUGGAUCAUUUCAGAGCUGGCCUGCUACACCUUCUCUAUGGCUGUGGUUCCCCUGUAUGACACACUUGGAGAGGAGGCCAUGGUGCAUAUCCUCAACCUGGCUGAGAUCUCCCUGGUGAUGUGUGACAAGGAGGAGAAGGCAGAGUCCCUUCUGGGGAAUAAGGAGAAGGGUGUGACGCCUACUCUCUCCUGCCUGGUGCUCUUCAAUGCCUGCAGUGAUGCCAUAGUGGAGAGGGGGAAGAACUGUGGAGUGGAGAUUCUAGAACUCCCACAGCUCAUGGAACUUGGACGACAGAACCUCAGAGAUCCUGCGGUGAGUUUCCCUCUGCCACCCCAACCCCAGGACCUGGCAGUCGUGUGCUUCACCAGUGGAACCACAGGAAAGCCCAAGGGAGCCAUGAUCACCCACGGCAACAUCGCCUCCAAUUCCUCCUCUGUUAUUAAGAUCCUGGAGGGGUCAUUUGUAAUUCAGCAAGAGGAUGUGUCAAUAUCUUACCUUCCUCUUGCCCACAUGUUUGAGAGGAUGAUUCAGGUGUCCAUGCUAUGUCAUGGGGCCAGGAUAGGAUUCUACCAGGGGGAUAUCUCCCUGCUCAUGGAUGAUAUUAAGACUCUGAAACCCACCUUAUUCCCAGUGGUGCCUCGCCUACUCAACCGCAUCUACGACAAGAUCUUAGGCUCCGUGACUUCCCCAUUGCGCCGGGCAGUGCUGCACUAUGCAGUGAGGAGGAAGCAGGCUGAGCUCAGCAGUGGGGUGGUACGUAACAACAGUCUGUGGGACAGGCUGGUGUUCAACAGGAUUCAGGCUAAUUUAGGAGGUAAUCUGAGGUUCAUCCUGACCGCCUCGGCCCCCAUCUCCCCCACUGUGCUCUCCUUCCUCAGGGCCACCCUCGGCUGUCUGAUCUUUGAGGGCUACGGGCAGACUGAAUGCACAGCAGGCUGCACCUUCUCCAUGCCAGGUGACUGGAGUGCAGGCCAUGUUGGUGCUCCAUUGCCCUGUGCCAUGGUGAAGUUGAUUGACAUUCCUGAUAUGAACUAUUAUGCCAAGAAUGGAGAAGGAGAGAUCUGUAUCCGUGGCCACAGUGUGUUCCGGGGAUACCUGAAAGAUGAGGAGAAAACAACAGAGGCCCUGGACAGUGAUGGCUGGCUGCACAGUGGAGACGUGGGCCAGUGGCUACCGAAUGGGACACUUCGCAUCAUCGACAGGAAGAAGCACAUCUUCAAGCUGUCCCAGGGAGAGUACAUUGCCCCUGAGAAGAUUGAGAAUGUCUACAUGCGUUGUGUCCCUGUGCUACAGGUCUUUGUGCACGGAGACAGCCUACAGUCUCACCUGAUCGGUAUUGUUGUGCCAGACCCAGAAGUGUUCAUUGACUGGGUUAAGGAGAGGGGAAUUGUUGGAUCCUAUGAGGAACUCUGCCAGAAUCCAGAUGUGAAGAAAGAAGUGUUAGAAGACAUGACAGCCGUGGGGAAGGAAGCUGGGCUGAAGUCAUUUGAGCAGGUGAAGGAUCUGCACCUGCAUCCAGAGAUGUUCAGUGUUAGCAACGGUCUCCUCACCCCCACUCUGAAGACCAGACGAGUGGACAUCUACAGGGUCUUCCAGGAACGGAUCACAAACAUGUAUAGCACAACAGCCAUCUAGAAGACCUCUAUCCACUGUAACAUGCUCACACACACUCCAAUGACAUUUGCAGUUGAAGUCGGAAGUUUACAGACACUUAGGUUGGAGUCAUUAAAACUCGUUUUUCAACCACUCCACAAAUGUCUUGUUAACAAACUAUAGUUUUGGCAAGUUGGUUAGGGCAUCUA